CUAAUAAUUUUUUCCAUGACUGUAUUUGUUAUGAAAAUGACUGAAAAAUCAAUGCACAAAUCAUGCUUCUGCUUCUCCUUUAAUGAGUAGAAGCAGAAAGGCUCGAUUUUAAAGCAUUAUUUUUGUGUUUGCUGGUGUUCUUUGUCGCCUCCGCUCCAAUUGUGGGCGUCUGAGUGUUUUGCUUAUCUUAUCUGCAGUAUUUCAUCAUCAUCGCACUUAAUAAUCACUUCAUCACACUUAGCUAGACAAGCGGUCGCCACAAUCAAACAGAUACUCCAAAAGCUGUUCAAGUCUUUUGUACUCCAGAAUGUCUGCAUUAGUCUUUGUUUGGGGGGGAAAAGAAGAAGAAAAAAAACAGCAUUUGUUGUUGAAGUUUAUCACAUUGGGAGCCAUUCAAUAAAUGUUUGGUUCGUUAUAAAAUUCUGCUCGACUUCCACUUUUAUUCUUGUGAAUUUUCUGUCUGAUCGUCUUUGUCCCCGCUGUCACCAGGCACACUAAACACACAUUUAAAGUAUUUGUAGUUGACCCACAGGUCUGCUCUGCACUUUCUAAAAAAGUUCCUUGUAUGACAUGUUGUAUUAAUGGCUCUGUCUUUAGCCCUGACAGCAACCCCAGAGGGACUGAGGGUUAGACAGUACCCUCCCUCUCUCCGUGUGAUGCGGGGUGAAACGGCAACCCUGUCCUGUCAUUUCAAAGUUGAAUCCCUCAAGUAUGGGGUUCAGUGGUUCAAAAUGAAGUCGGAAAAGCCGCUCAUCCAAAAGUCAUCCAGGCAGCUGGUGGUGGAGAAGAAUCAAACUUCUUCCCUGGUGAUCACUGAGGUAGCACUGGAGGACUCUGGGUGGUAUUACUGCGAGGUGAGCGUCCUGCACAGAGACCCGGAGUUGGGCAACGGGACCGAGCUGCUCGUCCUGGCACCACCUUCUGCUCCCAGGCUUCACCUCCAAAUUCCCCCAGACCCUCAGACUGGUCAGUGGGCUCUCUUCUGUCUCACCGGGGGAUUCCACCCCAGCAACCUCACCCUCACCUGGACCUACCAGAGUGCAGCAGCCAAUAUCGAUCACCUGUCAGUCACUAAUUGCACCCUUCCUGCGUUGGACCUUCGUGGUGACCUGUUGGAACACCUGGACGGAGCCUCGGAUCGGUUGGUGAACUCUACGAGCCAUCCGAAAUGUUUCACGAUGACGGACAACCACAGUGGGGAAGUGUAUCUCUUCAGUGUGUUUGUCCUCCCACAGAAGGACUCCUUGAAUACAGGGAUCACCUUCACCUGUGGGGUGCAGGACCACCCUGCCAUGACCACCCCUCUGACAGCCUCCUUCACUUGGGAUGCCUCCCCUAAUGAGCUGAUUGUACACUUGAACAUUCUCAAGAUGUGCUUCCUCUCUGCAAUGACCGUCGUCUUUUUAUUGGAAGCAGCCAAACAUUACUGUAUGCGGGGAAAAUGAUGCCACGAAAUACAAAAUGAAAUAGGAGAGAAAACAAAAGAAGGACCGCCGGGUGUUCAGUGCAGCUCAUCUCAGCCGACCAACCUUUGGCAAACAGCAUCACACAAAUCAAGUUCAUCAUCGCUGUAAAAUGAGAAUUCACUCUAACAUCACUGUUAAUUCUCAGUAAAUGUCUAUAAUCCCCCCUCUUUCCUCUCUCAUUUGAAAGUUUCCCCCCGUUGUUAAGCCUCUUGCUGUAUAUAUUCUGCCUGGCUUUCACACACUGUAUAACACUGAUGCAAUGUUGAUUUCUCUACGCACAUCAAAGCUGUUUAUCUCUGCAACUCUUUAUCGCCGUGGCGUGCUGACUUGCGUGUUUUUUUUUUAUUUUUAGGAUGUGCUCAUUGUGCCGGUGGCUGGUAGUUUUUUUGCACAUCUUAGUCAUUCACUGGGGUCUGUGUGUCAGAAUGAAUGCUUCAUGCAUGAUCCACCUGUCAAACAGAUACAGUGAUCAGCUCAACCUCCGCGCAGGCCUAAUCCUCACAAAACAGGAUUACGGUCGAUGCCAGUGCUUGCUGCUGUGAUUGCAUUGUUUACGUGUGCAGUGUGUGGGGUGAGAUCUUGAUUCACGUGUUGGGGGGAAGUUCGUUUUUUUAUAUUUAGGGCCUGCCCACACUGCCAAAAGCACCGAAUAUUGCCAAUGUAAGUGACCUUUAAAUUUAGAGCAAGAUGGUGUAUCUGUAGUAUAAUUACAUGAACAGUGUCAAAAACAGUUUUUUAUUUUUAGCUCAAUAAACUUUCUUUUGUUCACAAUUAAUCCUUUUUUUUAUAUUAUUUCAACCCAUUAUCAUUCUGUCCCCUUUUAUUGAGAAUUGGGGGUUGGGGGGGAUUUGAUCUUUAGGGGGAGAUAGUAGGUCAACAAUAAAUGCCAUAUAGAAGUGGUGCACAUAAUCUGAAAGCUGGAGAUCUGAAGAUUAAUUAAGAAUAAUUAAUUAAUUAAUUUAACCUAUUAAGGUGUAUGUGGGUUUGAUUGUCUGAAAACAGGAAUGGCAAGGUGUUAAACGCCUUUUAAGUAUUUCAUCAUUAAGGCUGUAACUAUUUUGAUGAUUGAUUAAUCUGUUAAUUAUCACUUUAAUUGAUUAGUAAUUGGAUAAAGAGAGAAGAGCUAAAUGUGAUUAUUUCCAGCAUUUAAUUAAAAAAAAGUAAUGUUUUUUUCCAUGACUGUAUAUACAUUCAUGUUUGUUGUUCAUUUUAAUGCCUGGUACAACUAAAGGUCCAUUUGUUUGGACAAAUAUAAUGAUGACAACAAAAAUAGCUCAUAAGAGUUUAAUUUAAGAGCUGAUAUCUAGACAUUUUCCAUGGUUUUCUUGAUAAUGAUUUUGGUUAUUAUCAAUAUCUUACAUCUGUCCUUGUAUUCUUGUACAACGCCCUGUAAAACCUUAAUAUAGUUACAUGUAAGUAUUAAUCUAUUAAAGAGUGUUUAAAACACCCCCAUUGUGGGACUAAUAAA